CUCAGUGUUGAGCGAGGUCAAGAAGCAGCUGCGCGUCGCCUGCCCGCUCGUCGCCGGAUGCCUCCUGCAGUACGUAGUCCAGAUGGUCUCCGUCAUGUUCGUCGGACACCUCGGCAAGGUCGAGCUCGCCGGCGCCGCCGUGGCCACCUCCUUCGCCGGCGUCACCGGCUUCAGCUUGCUGGUAAACAUCCCGUACUGUCCGAGCCUCACUCGUACAAAAUGUUUGCGCUCUCUGUCGUGCCACCGGACUGACAGCGCGCGCCGCACGGCGCGUCGUCCUUGCCAGACAGGCAUGGCAUGCAGCCUGGACACGCUGUGCGGGCAGGCCUUCGGCGCGGGUCAGCACCACCUGCUCGGCGUCUACAAGCAGCGGGCCAUGCUGGUGCUCACGCUGGUGAGCGUCCCGGUGGCGGCGGCCUGGGCCUUCGCCGGCGAGGCCCUCGCGCGGUGCGGCCAGGACCCGGAGGUCGCCGCGGCCGCGGGGCGCUACAUCCGGUGCCUCAUCCCGGCGCUGUUCAUGUUCGGCCCGCUGCAGUGCCACGCCCGGUUCCUGCAGACGCAGAACGCCGUCGUGCCGGCGAUGCUGAGCUCCGGCGCCGCCGCCGUGGCCCACCCGGCCGUCUGCUGGCUGCUGGUGCGCAGGCUCGGCCUCGGCAGCCGCGGCGCCGCGCUGGCCAACGGCGUCUCCUACCUGGCCAACCUAUCCUUCCUGGCGCUCUACGUCAGGCUCUCGCCGUCCUGCAAGACCACCUGGCAGGGGUUCUCCCGCGAGGCGCUCCGCGGCAUCACCGGCUUCUUGAAGCUCGCCGUGCCGUCUGCUCUCAUGGUCUGCAUGGAGUGGUGGACAUUUGAGCUACUGUUGCUGAUCUCUGGUCUUCUCCCGAACCCUCAGCUCGAGGCGGCCGUGCUUUCCAUCUGCUUCAACACCAACUCCUUGGCGUUCAUGGUCGCAACUGGACUUGGUACUGCCGUAAGCACGCGUGUUUCGAACGAGCUCGGCGCAGGGCGGCCACAGGCGGCCCGUCUGGCGGCCAGGGUGGUCAGGUUCCUGCCGGUCUGCUUAGGCGUGUCCGAAGGGCUUGUGGUGGUGCUGGUGCGCAGCAUCUGGGGGCACGCUUACAGCAACGACAAGGAAGUGACCAAGUACACGACCAGAAUGAUGCCCCUUGUAGCAGCUUCCAUCAUGCUUGAUUGCCAGCAGUCCGCUCUUUCAGGAGUUGUCAGGGGCUGUGGUGAGCAAAAGAUAGGUGCUUCCAUCAACCUUGCAGCCUAUUACCUUGCUGGAAUCCCUGCCGCGGUCAUUUUCGCUUUUAUCUGCCAUCUUGGAGGAAUGGGGCUUUGGUUAGGGCUCUUGUGCGGGCUGGUGGUGCAGAUUUUCUUGCUUCUGUCCAUUACAUUGCGCAUCAACUGGGACAAAGAAGCACUGAAGGCAAAUGAUCGAGUUUCUAUUUCUACUCUUCCUAUAGACAUGACAUCCGUUAACUGAACAAGUUAAUGCAUCUCCGGGGCUACGGAACCUUUUAUGGCGAUUGGGCAUAUCACAUAGAAUUCUUAUUCGAUCAAGAAAGGAUGUCCCUUCCCAGCCAAAGUUGCUGUUUAGCCUACCACUGUAUUCAUAUGAAUCAAAUCUUCUCUACUUCAGGACAGUCGCGAAGCAUUGGUGCCGGUGCAAGUAAGAUGGCAUGAAUUAGACUGAAGUCUUGAUUCAGUCAGUAGUCAGCAGAGCACGGUGGUUUAGAUAUGUUUAAGGAUGCCGCUGAAGUUUUUGGAUGGUGUUCCUCCUUAUUUAAGCAAACAUGUUAUUGCUAUGUUUCUUAAAUUUCUUUUUUUCGGUUUUAGUACAUUAUGCUUGUGCAAGGUGCUAUUGUGGUGGUUAUUCCAAUUGGUAUCAUCAAAAUCAAGAAAUAAAUGCUAAAGAAAACAAUACUGUG